AUGCCUAUCACUGAUCCUACUGUUCGUGACUUCAUUCAAAAUGUGCAACCACCACAAGUCACCCCUCAGCGCUCUCACGACCCCUCCAACAAUAUGAAGCGUAGCGAUCCCUUCCAAUUUGGAUCCCGAUACCUCGAGCAGGGCGAUAAUGUGUUUGAAUUUAAUGCUUGGGACCAUGUUGAACCCGAUGACGAGUUCAAAGCUUUUGCCGAGGGCCAGUAUGAGAAGCAGCGCUCAGCACCUGUCUCUGAAUUCGACCAGAACCGCUUCAACAACGACCCGGCCAAAUGGUGGAAUUUGUUCUAUAAGAAUAAUACCUCCAACUUUUUCAAGGACCGUAAAUGGCUUCGCCAGGAGUUUCCGGUCUUGGCAGAUGUGACACAGAAGGAUGCUGGCCCUCAGGUUGUUCUGGAGGUUGGCGCGGGUGCAGGCAACACUGCCUUCCCACUGAUCCAGAACAAUGAGAAUGACCAGUUGAUGGUACAUGCUUGUGACUUUUCCAAGUAUGCUGUACAGGUUAUGCGGGACAGCGAACAUUACGAUACCAAGCAUAUGGUCGCCGAUGUCUGGGACGCUGCUUCUGUCCCCACUGAGGAGGUCGAUUCUUUACCUCCUGGUCUGACAGAGGGCUCUGUCGAUGUCGUUAUUCUUAUUUUUAUCUUCUCUGCGUUGAAUCCUAAGCAGUGGGAUCAUGCUAUUCGCAAUAUUUACCGCCUACUUAAGCCUGGUGGCCGUGUCUUGUUCCGUGAUUACGGCCGUGGGGACUUGGCUCAAGUGCGCUUCAAGAAGGGCCGCUAUAUGGAGGAGAAUUUUUACGUUAGAGGCGAUGGUACCCGCGUCUACUUCUUCGAUAAGGAGGAGUUGGUCCAAAUGUGGAGUCGCUGGACACCAGAGAACGGCCUACAGAUCGAUCUGGAAAAGACCGAGGAGGAGUCUCAAAAUAAAAUUGCAAAUGGUGUUUUCAAUGUUGUGCAUAUUGGCAUUGACCGGCGACUACUGGUCAAUCGCCAAACUAAGUUGAAGAUGUAUCGCUGCUGGAUGCAGGGCCACUUCCAGAAACAUGGUGGUGCCAUUGCUGCCAAGGCAGAGACUAGCGAGUGA